AUGUCUCCAUCAACCGUCAACGUCUUGCUGACGUCCUUUCCUGGACUGAAUCUGCCAGCGACUCUGUCAUUACCACUUCGCGCAGACACCACUGUCUCGGAACUUCAAUCACGCAUUCACGAGCGCCUUCCUUCAUACAACGAUCGCCUUAUCCUCACGACCCUUUCAAAUAAACAACUUCCUACAAAGUCAGAUACUUGCGUGUCCGAACUCCUCUCUAGCCCUGAAGAUGAUUUCCUUUCUUUGCGACUCUCGGCGCGAUUAUGCGGUGGCAAAGGAGGAUUCGGAUCGCAACUGCGAGCAGCAGGUGGUCGCAUGUCCUCAAAGCGGAAGAAGACAGGAGACGAGAACGCAUCAAGUCGAAAUCUAGAUGGCCGUCGGUUGCGAACUGUAAAUGAAGCAAAAGCCUUAGCGGAAUACCUGGCCAUCAAACCAGAUAUGGCUAAAAGGGAAAAAGAAGAAAGGAGGAAACGCUGGGAGCAGGUUGUUGAACUGGCAGAGCGCAGAGAGGAGGAGUUGAAAUCAGGAAAUAAGGGAAAGGUCGAUGGCAAAUGGGUUGAGGAUAAAGAGGAAGCAGGCGAGAGAACGCGAGAAGCGGUUUUAGCUGCCAUGAAAUCCGGAAACUACAAGGAUAACUUGGUUGAGACUACUGCUAGACCUUCAGCCUCUGGUAGUUCGGGAAGCGAAGAUGAUGCGAUGGGAGGAACUAGUUCGAAGGAUACAACACCUCCAUCAGACCCAGCUCCCAAGCCCAAAGCCAAGACAUUCUUCGGUUUUGAUGAGGAUGAUGAGUUUAUGAGCGACUCUGACGAGGACGAGGGUGAAGAGGAUGACGAUCAGCCUACAGAACCCGUCCUUCCGGAUGUCAUGGAAGAAGAUGAGGCUCCCGAAGAAGUUGUUGAAGAAGUUAUCGAGAAGGAACCUACGCCCCCUCCAGCAGCCGCUAAAGGCAAAGGGAAGGCAAAAGCAAAAGCGGCUCCUAAAGCCAAAGCAGCGCCGAAAGCGAAAGGAAAGGGAAGAGUCAAGAAAGCUUAA